UGGUUGCUCAUUCAUUGCACGCCACUCCGGGCCGUUGGCCCUCUCCAAUGAUUGCAAUCAUUCUUGCGAUUAUUGCUCUUCUCUCGAUUUUUUCCGUGUAAUCUCUGCUCUCGAUGCCCGCUUCGCUUGCUCCUUGCAGGUAUCCUUCGAGGCCGGAGAACUUGGAAUGCUUAGCCCUUGAGGAGAGCAAGAGCACAAUGCAGCAGAGAAGCAGACAGCGCUGCCGGGAGGUGUCACCGGCUGCGGCGGAGUUCGGCCUGCGUCGGGCCUCCGUGAGCCCAGCUCCACCUGAAGGUCAUUAUGGCUUCAAAAAACAGUUAAAUGAGACGUGCACAGCAAGUGGUUUUGGUCGCAACAUAAGUUUUUUAGCAGAAGAGCAUUCUCUUGAUAAUAGGAUAAAGAAAAGUCCAUGCAAGAAAACCAGUGAAGUCCUGAUAAAGGAUUUGAUAGAGGAAGAGUUGUCGAAAGGGAAAGAAACUAAGCAUUCUUCACCCAGUUUAAUUGCUAAGCUGAUGGGUCUUGAUUCAUGCCCCUCUCUUGUCAAACAAAAGAGGAAUACAAAUAUCCCAGGCCUUUUCGGAAAUUAUGUGGAUGCUGAGGACUUGAUGCAAUGGAAACAUAAGGACAGUCAAGAGCUCAAAGAGGUUUUUGAGAUAAGCAAUGCAAACACAAGGAGGAAGCAGGCAAGUCACUCUGAUAUGAUGGCAAAACAUAGACAAAGAGCAUAUGAAGAUUAUGUGAGGAAUGAGAGGGAGGACUUUAUGGAUGUAAGUGGGCAAUCACCUAUUGAAUUGUUUCACAAAUAUAAAGAAUUCAGUGGUACAUUUGGAAUUUCAGAUUCAAGCAAGGAUCUUUUUUGGGAACUUCUCCAAGAUUCCAACUCUUUAUUUGCAAAGCAUCUUCAAGAUCUGAAAUAUGCUCCCUCAUCUCAUCGAAGUAAGAUCGCAAUACUAAAACCAUCUGAAUGUAGGACCGAGAAUGGGAGGGAUAAAGUUCAGUGUAGGUCAUCCAAAACAGGAAAAAGUAAUGAUAGGCUUGCUCAUAUGCAUCAGGAAAUCACAGGCUCUUCUAAGACACAUGCAGCAAGACUUAGAAAAUGCCAUGUCGAGGAAGACACAGGCUCUGUUCCAUAUAAUUUAUUGGCGCUGCAGAGGGGCAGAUCCCGAUCCCGAACUGCUGUUCGUCCUGCUGACAUUGUUAUCUUGAAACCAACCCUUGAGAAAGCACAAAAGGUUGCAGAGGCUAGUUUUUUAACCCAUGGUGACCUCUGGUUUAAUUCCAAGAAAGACAGAAAACUUGCAGCAUUGAGAACUCAGGAGUUUCAUGAUCAGAAACAUAUAGAUAUUUUUCCCCAUGAAAAGGAUGGCAUGGAUCACAAAGUAAAUUAUUCAGAAGAAAACUACAGAAAGAUCACACCAAAGAUGAGGCACAACAGGAAUAGACUUAGCAAAUUAAAUUUUAGCCCUCGAGUCACUGUGUACACUGGAGACAGGUACUCAAUAAUGAUGCCAGACAUAGCAAAGCUCACCCACUCAGAUUCAGUUCCUCAGUCCCCUGACCCCUUUGGGGAGUGGGGUAAUAGAUUCAUCCCAUCGUCGAUGUAUUCAACUAAAUCUCGUGUGAGCAUGGAGGAUCUGAACCACCACUAUUUUGAGAGACGGAAUGUGACUCAUCAGCUUCAGAACAUGGGACUUAUUUCUCAACGCUCGAGCACACCUGGUGAAACUCUUGAACUAUCUGAGGAAGUGACCGGAAAAUUUACUGUGGAUUUUUUAAAUAGUAAAAACAUAUCAACGGAAUACUUAUCUAGAGAUGAAAUUCUUGAUAGUUGGAGUUGUCAGUUUGGUACUAGCUGCAAGGAUGCCCCAAGAGAUGGGUGCUCCAGAUUUUCUUCAAGACCCAAUUCACAUCUAGCUUCAGUUAGUGCGAAAUUUGGUGACAGAAAAAGAGUUGGUGGUAGCACCACUAUAAUCAAAGAUGUAGCAGAUGUAAAAUCCUAUGUUUCUUUAGGCAUACUGUCAGCUAAGCAAUCUGAGCACCAAAACUAUAAUUAUCAACUAGCUGACUAUGUCGCAGUGAAAAAUAUGGUACCUGAACGGGAGAUUCAUAUUAACUCAGAGGGACUUAGAAAAAGAGUUCAUGAGGAAGAUCUUAUCACCAAGACUGAGUUAAACACUGCAACUAAAGUUUUGACCACUUGGGAAGAGCAAGCGACGAAGUCUGCAUUUCAUGUUCCACCAGACAAUGGAUAUGGUUAUCAUAAGGAUAUAGUACUUCAGGAAAAAUCAAGUGACCAUAUUGUCAAAUUACAACCUCUAAGCUUCAAUGACCUUGAACAGCCUAGUCCAGUCUCUGUUCUAGAGACUCCGUAUGAAGAUGAAACUUAUAGCUCAGGUUGCUUUGGAAGAUUGAGUGCAGAUCUUAAAGAGCUACGAAUGCAACUUGAGCAUCUAAAAAUGGACUCGGCCGCUAUAUGUACAGAGGAGAGUCAGGUUCUCUUGCUAAGCGAUGAAUAUUGCAAAGAAGAUGAUUGUGUGUUUCUACCUUUAGUAGAUCUACAUGAAGCAAGAUUCAGAGAUAUUGAUGAUAGAGACUUCACAUACCUACUUGACAUACUUUUGGAGUCAGGAACCAAAAGUAUUCACGACAAUAAGCUCUUAAAAGAGCACUGCUUGUUCGGGUUUGCUCUAGACCAAAGUCUUUUUGUUGAUCUCGAGAAGAAGUAUGGUGGAAUUUCUUCAUGGUCAAGAUCAGAGCGAAGAUUGUUAUUCGAUCUUGUAAAUUACAGUCUAGCAGAUUUAGUUACCUCAUACCUGGAUGUCCACCCUGGGAUUACUAUAUCAAAGCUACGUCUACCAACAUAUGACAGUGAAAGUAUUGUUGAAGCUGUGUGGCAAAUGGUGGUGAAGCAAAGGAAAGAGCUACAAUGCAGUCAGGAAAACAAGAUCCUUGAGACAGCAUGGUUGGGCUGGAGAUAUGAUGUUGAUGUGAUCGCUAUAGAUAUUGAGGAGAUGCUAAAUGCCGAUCUUUUGCAGGAACUCGUCAGUGAGCUUCUAUGACAGUUUGGUGGAGGCAUCAUUUUCUUCAAGCUACUUUGGUGGUAACAACCCAUCCCAAUUAUCUCAUCUCUCCAAUUUAGCAACUAGCAGAUGUAUAAGAGCUGAUUUCUCGAAAAUCUACAACAGUUUUUUGCCUCAAAAUUCGUGUGAUGUACCUUCUAACCGAGAAAUUUAUGCAGUUAUCAUAAUUAGACUUGACAAGAAUAUAAAUAUAUAAACUUAGAUUAAUUAAGUGACUUGCAAUCUAAUUAAGCAGCUCUUCUUGAAGGCACUAAAUUUCAAAAAU